GAGAGAGAGAGAGAACAGCCUGAGCACAAAAUCUGCUGUAUCAGUGCAGUAGCACCCAUACGACUGGGAUAUAAGGACUUGUCCAAGCACUACUCAGGAGUGCCGAAAUAAUUUGAAGGAUAUCUUGCUUGAUAUCAUCUGGGACGGCAACUUGAAAUGAACAGGCUUAAAUCAAAACAUGAUGCAACGAGUUUGCUGGUUCACAUAAGGCUGCUGAAAUAACACACCUCUGCUCACCAAUCCUGUGGAACUCACGUGUACUGCAUAAGGCUGGACAGGUAGAGAGAGGGAGUAAAAGUGCUGGACCUGGUAACUACCAACAAACUGGGACAGGACAACCACGAACAGCAUGGCAACUGACACAGAGGAAUCAGGUUGGCAUGGACCUGACCACACAAUGCCUGCAUGGAACGCCUCUUCAGUUACUUCCCGUGAAAACAUGGGACUGAACGGUUCGUAUGGUGGCGGAUCAUAUUUCUGGCUGCUGCAGAACAGCUCAGCGGGGACCACUAAUGCCCCACUUGCAGCCAGGGUGCGGGACAUGGCACUGGCGCAGGCGGAGAUCGGUGUCCUGAGCCUGGUCUUGGCACUCACCACACUGAGCAACAGCUUUGUGCUGUGGGUUCUGUUGCGGAGACGCAAGCACAACGCUCCUAUGCACCUUUUCAUGGUUAAUCUCUGUGUAGCUGAUUUGGUGGUGGCCUUUUUUCAGGUUCUCCCUCAGCUGGUGUGGGACAUUACGGAGAAGUUCCAGGGUCCUGAUGCAUUGUGCCGCUCAGUGAAAUACUUGCAGAUCGUGGGCAUGUUCGCUUCCUCCUACAUGAUCGUUGCUAUGACAGUGGACCGCCAUUACGCCAUAUGCUGCCCCCUUCAGGCCUACAGGCUUGGGGCAAUCUCACGCUGGAACACACCCAUCGUGGUGGCCUGGGGUCUGUCCCUUGUGCUUAGUGUUCCACAGGUGUUCAUUUUCUCCAGAUCUGAAGUAGCUCCGGGGGAGUUUGAGUGUUGGGGCCACUUUGCUGAACCAUGGGGUCUGAAAGCCUAUGUGACUUGGAUGACUCUGGCUGUGUUCAUCCUUCCUACCUUCAUCAUCAUGGUGUGCCAGGUCCGAAUUUUCAGGGAGAUUCGUGACAACAUCUACCUGAAGUCAAAGCGGGUGGUGUCAUCUGACUCGAAGAAAAAUGUAGUAAUCUUCCGCAUGCCCAGCCUGCGAAAUCAGAACGACAAAACAAGAGAAAGGGAGAGAGGAAGAGGAUCGUCCUUGAGAGAAUCCCGUAGAGGAUUUCAUCGAAGGAACAAGAGUGACUCAUCCCAGUCAUACUGCAAUGCCCGCAACUCCCAGCAUGCACCACAGCCUGACUGCUGUGACUGUCUACAAUACAGCACUCAAUCCCCUGAUGUACUGCCUUACACUCUCUCCCACACACAUUCUUCCAUAACUCAGAGCAACUCAGCAGCUCACAUGAGCUCUAGACCUCUCUCUGAAGGUGCUGCUGAUUGUUAUCGGACUUCCCUGGAUUACACCGAGCCCUAUGCUAAAUCAUUUGAGGCCUCUCUGGAGAUUUGCAAUCCAGUCCCUCCUGUCCAGGUUUCAUCGUCCAUAUCGCGCCCCGUGACUCCUCCACCGCCGGGUGUAUCCAGAGCGAUGUCCAAAACACUGAGGAUGACUCUGGUCAUAGUGCUGGUUUAUACCAUGUGCUGGUCACCCUUCUUCACAGUGCAGCUCUGGGCUGCUUGGGACCCAAACCCACCAGAUCAAGGGGUGGCCUUCACUAUCCUGAUGCUGCUGGCCAGCUUAAACUCCUGCACAAAUCCGUGGAUCUACACAGCCUUCUCUAGCAGCGUCUCUCAUGAACUUGUCUCCCUUUUGCAUUGCCGGCCUCGAAUCGCCCGCAGGGGCUCCCUGCCUGAAGACUCCAGUGCCAUACACACUACCAGCACCACCAAGGACUACCCAUUCUGAGCCACUCACACACCAGGAGAUUUAUUCAAGCCAAGCAUCACAAAAUAAGAAUCGUUGUUGUUGGGAGAAGUUUGACCUAACAUAGCUGAAGCUACCUGAGCGAUUGGAAAAAAGCACAUUAUGGAUUAACACUACACUGACCGAGUAAGACAACUUAAGAGCAAGGUCAUGAUGUGAACACAGAAAUGUUAUAUCAUGUCCACAAAAAUUUACUUGAGAUACUUGAGACGUUUCAAUCUAAACUUAUGAUGAAGACCAAAUGCUUACUCCUUUAACACUAAACUAAAUUACAUUUCAAUGUAAUUUGAAGCUUUAUGAAUUAGAAGCUGUAUAUAUGACACAUUUUAUUAAAUUGAAGAACUCUUGAGCCAAGAGCAUGUUAAGCCUGCUUAAGACUUUUUGAUGGAAAAAGAUGAAGCCUGACCUCAACCUGUGCCCCCAGACAUUCCCUAGCAUCAUUUAUCACUCCGUUUUUAUUCCUUAUCGGUCUUUCUGCUACAAAAUCUCACUUUUGAGCUUGAUGGAAAGCAUCAGUGAGAAAAAUGAAUCAUGCAUGGAAACUCCAUCAAAAAGACAACUUCAAAAGAGGUGGUGAAAAACAGGAAAUGAAUGGACAGGAUACGGAGUGGAGGAGAAAAAAAAGGAAACAGGAACAUAUCACAUAAGUACUCAUACUGAAGAUGUCAGGGAUAAUGAAGAUUUAAUUUUAAAGCAAUUUAAUUUAAGCUAAUUUUAUGAACACGUUACCAUGGUACAUGGAGUAUAACACAGGAUCUAUAGCUUGACUAUUUGAUGACAUCAUAUUCUCUUACUUUAAUUCUUUCUUUAUGAUAUUGUGGACCAAGCAGCCUUCAUAAGCGUAAUCUAUAUUAAGAUAAGUUUUAAACAAAUAAACAAAUAACAAUGCCAGAGCCAAAAAAGUGCCUUUCAGAGAUUCCUCCUUCCGUGACUCUCCAUCUGUAAAAGCACAAAUCUCAUAUUUGAGGCCCAUCAACUGCAUGUUAGAGAUGAGAAAUUUCCCCCAUUUAUUAUGUGUGAAUGGAUUUCCAGAGCAUUCUAGAGAUUUUUUUUUGAUAUUUUAUUGACAUUGUAAUUUAUUAAAGUGCAAUAAAUGUAUGUAAACAUG